AUGGAAGCACUGGCACCGUUUCAUGGGACGCAAAAGACGUCCUUGCCGGAACCUUCAACGUUGCGAAGGAUGGCGUCUUUUAUGGAAGAUACUGGGGUUGUUUGCCAGGUCAUGAUAUCAAAAAUUUGCGCUUUGAAACCUGCUAUUGGAGGGCUAUCGAAUACUGCAUUCAGAAUUGUCUACUUCGCAUGGAGCCUGGAGCGGGUGGGGGUUAUUACAAAUGGGCACGAGGGUUCGACCCACAAGUGA